AUGGCUUCGUUUCCCAACAUCUGGACUCAUCGUAAGGUGGCCGACACCGCUUCUAAGCCUUGUGAGAUUUGCUAUAAACCUAGUGCAAGUGUUCUGAUAACCCCAGAGAACAAGGACUUCUUUUAUGUAUGCCCAUCCCAUUUAAAGGAUAAAGGAUUUGCUACACCCAUUAUAGAUGAGGCUGCUAUUGCUGCUAAGAAAAAGAAAGAAAUGGACGACGAGAUCGCACGUGUGAAGCAGGAGUUCGAAGAGAAGCAGAAGAGAAAGAAGGAGAAGGAGAAGGAGAAGGAUAGUGAAGUUAAAAAAGAUGAAGGGAAGAAAGACGAGAAGAAGACUGAUGAGAAGGAGAAGUCAGACACUCCUGUAUCACCAGCACCAAGUCCAACAGCAGAUGAAGAACCUAGAGUCUUUUCCCUAAAAAAGGCGUUCUAUCAACAGAGACUGGACAAAAAGAGACAGGCGGAAGUUGCAAGACGAAAUCGUGAACGUCUCCAAAAUUCGAAUUUAUUUCCUCAAGUCCCUAAAGGUUUGCCUUGA